CGCCAUCCCUCCAAAGUGCGUUUCGGUGAGAGACCCCUUGCAGAAAAGCGUCUGGCGAGGAAAGGGUUAAGGGGUUUAUAGGGUCCAGAUCGAUGCCCCCUUUCCCACACGUCGCCAUGAACAAAUGAAUUCGCGGGGAAUUAAAUACUCAUUUCGCAAAGGAGAAAGAGUCCUGUGCUUUGAACCCGACCCCACCAAGGCUAAAGUGUUGUAUGACGCCAAGGUAAUGGUCAUUGAUGUCUUGAUUGGUACAGAUGAACAUGGAAGAAGAAUCCCAAAGUACCUAAUUCACUUCAACGGUUGGAACAGAAGCUGGGAUCGUUGGGCUGCAGAGGAUCAUGUCCUAAGGGACUCUGAGGAAAACCGUAAAUUGCAACAUAAACUGGCUCGCAAAGCUCUAGGUCGCAUGAAGAGAAAAGGAUGGGCCAAGAGGCGGCGUCGUCAGUCUGGUACUAAAUCUUCUCUGAAGACUCUCCCUAAGGAGGACGACAGCGAUGACGCAUGUUUGAUUUCGUCUUCGGAUAGCAGUGACGGGGACGACUCUGACCCUGAAUCUUCAAAUAGCGGGGAAAGCACCUUCUCUGAGGAUAUCAACAAAAUGAGGGUUGAGCCCGACAUUAAUGUUAAAAGGGAAUGUGAGGAGAAGAUCGUCCACGUCGACAUCAGCAUCCCCGAUGUCCUGAAGAAGAAGCUGGAGGAUGACUGCUUUUACAUCAACAAGAGGAAGAAGCUGGUCAUGGUUCCCUGUCAGACGAACGUCGUGCACAUCCUCGAGUCCUACGUCAAGCACUUUGCCAUCAACAAAGCGUUCAUGGCCAACGAGAGGUACCGGCGCCAGCAGAGCACCACGCAGCCCAGCAGCCCUCAGCCAAUCCCUCCAGAAAAGAGUGAGGAGUUGUGUAAGGAGAUGGUCGACGGCCUGAGGAUCACGUUUGACUUCACCUUACCCAUGAUCCUCCUCUACCCCUGUGAACAAGCCCAGUUCAAAAAGGUCAGCUCGUCCAGGCUUUUCCUGGCCGCCAACGAAAGCUCCCCCUGCUCCAGCAACGCCCAACGAGAACGCAGCCCAAGCCCGUUGGGGCACAACCCACCCACCCCCCAGUCCACAGACAGCCAACCAGCACUGAGCGACAUUUCUGCCACCACGCCUACGCCCACCGCCACUGCCCCCACCCCGAAGCGCCGGCGUCACCCUGACAUGGACUGUAUCUCUUUCCAGUCCCAGUCACUGAGACGCUCCACCAGGAACACAUCUGGAGGUGACCGGCCAGCUGAAGGAAGCAGUGGAGGUGGAGGCAGUGCUACAGCAUCCCCGCAGCUCAAACGCCGUUUGGUCGACACCUCAUCCCAGCCCAAGUUCUUCCUCAACCUCGACAGAAAAACCCCAGUGCACAGUGGCUCAUCUUCCCCGUUGCCCUUGACGCCAAGCAAAGAGCGAAGCGGGCCUUUCUAUGGCCUCGAGAGCCGGAGAAACAAUGAGCUUAAUGAGGUCCUCAGUUGGAAGCUGACUCCUGAUAACUACCCUCUGCAUGACCAGCCUCCUCCACCCUCGUACCUGUACGGAUCACAGCACCUCCUGCGGCUUUUUGUGAAGCUUCCUGAAAUCCUGGGAAAAAUGCAGAUCCCAGAGAGGAACCUCCGAGCUCUGGUCAAGCAUUUGGAACUCUUUCUCAGGUUUCUGGCAGAGUUCCAUGAGGAUUUUUUUCAUGAGUCCGCGUAUGUGUCGGCAUCCGAGGCCCACUACAGCAUGAAACAACCGAGGCCGAUUUAUUGACGGCGACGUUUCGGCCAUUGUGUUUCUUUUCCCUGUCUUGUCUCUACCCUGACCUACCCUUCAGCCCGUCUAGACCAACCCUGUCUGGGCUCGUGUGCAGAGGAAUAAAUAGCAGCUCUCUCAGUUCAGAUGUGUUGUGUUUUCCUGGACCAACCUUUCUUCCCCUCUGGCCUAACAUUAGUUUUCCUGCCAUUGCCUUGUGGAACUAGUUGCUUCUGCCACGCCACUAACCCUCGCCCGCGCUUUGUUUGUGGGACUGUCCUGCAUGUGACGUCACCCUGCUCCCCCUUUUUCUUCAAUGUACCGAUCCAAGGCAUGUCGAGAGCUGUAUGCCCCAUGUAAGAUUUAAACAGGAGGAAGCUUCUUUCUGAGUCCCCUUUCCUCUUUGUCAUCUGCUUAUUGGUAACCUGGCCUACACGUUUUAGGGGAAGGCUAAGGCUUGGAAGUUCUCUAGCCUCUCAGGUAUUAGAGGAUGACCAAAACAAAACUCCUGCUCUGACUUUGCCGCUCUUCAUAGCCACAGUCUUGGAUCAUUGAGGCUGUUCAUAGAAGGGGAAACGGAUACAGAUUAAAAUCUUCCUGUUCCGCCCGCCUAAUAAUCUAAGUUCUGAUACUCUUAAGGGCAUUGCUGGUUUGCCUGUUUUGGUAGCUCGCCGCCAGUGAUCCUCAUCCGGACUUGGUCCUCCUGUCCCAGAGAUGCUUUGCUUCUUUCGCUGUGUAAUUCUAACAUACUGACUCUUAAAAAAAAACUUUCAGGAAUCAGGAAUGUUGUUUUUCCUGUGGAUCUCUCUCUCUCUCUCUCUGUAGUGUUACACUUUUUGGUGUCCAUUAGAGAUUUUCUUCGUUCUUGGUCUGUCCUCCUUUUCAUGUUGUCCUGUGCAUGCCUGAUAAAUGUCGAGCUGAUUUUGAUUUUCAGUUUUUUUUUUUUUUUGCCUGUUCCUCUCACGCUGGCUGGCUGCCUUCUAGUAGACAGAAUGAUGAAAAAAGUGACAGAAUUCUGUGUACAGCAUAUCUUGGAGCAAACCAUGCGUUGCUUUUCAUACACAGAGCAAUGUCAGAAUAUCAUUUUCUAUAAAGGUGAUCUCUAUCAACAGGUAAUCUUAAAAUACAGUUAAAGAUCUGAUACUGUUAUAAAAUAUAUUAAAGAUUGUUGUAUACAAGCUUAGUUCAUUGAGUACCAUAGAGAUUAGACAAUCACUUGAAAUGGUCAAAACAAAUUGAGCAUACAUGUAUGUGCAGCAUAACAAUUUAUGCCAUUCCCCCCCCCAUUUUUGUUUGUAAUAAUCCUUAAAACAAAUGCUAGGAAUAACGUGUGAAUGCAACAAAAGCGAUUGUUGUGGUUUCUCUUCAUGACAUUGUGUAAAUGUAAAUACCUGUUGAUCAGUAUGUUAUUUAUUUUUUCUUUGCACACCACUGCAUCACCCUGUUCAUGCUUGUUCAAUUGGUUUUACAAUAUGUGACAUGACACAUUACUAUGUGUAAUGCAAUGGUUCCAUGUUUCCCGUGUAAUGUAUAGACUUUUCUAUUGUGUUCAUUUACAGUGAUGUCUGUUUCUUUUCAACUCUGUUUUCUUCAUAGAGUUUAAAUAAAGACUUCCAUCUUCUUCACAUGUACAUAAAGCACCAUGAUUGUGAACGUCUAUACUACCGUAGCUGAUAUUAGGUAUGUCUGUUGUACUAUCUUGAUUGAUGUGUGCUCAUUUCUGGGCCUUAUCCUGCUUUUGUAAUUUUCCCUGUGAGAUGAAUCAGCUGCACGUUUAUUUUAAUGACCAAAAAUCUUCUAAAAGCACUCCUAUUAAAAGUUAAAUGUAGAGGGGAGAGUUUAUCAGCUACCUUGACCUUCCAUGUUCCCGCACUGUAGCUGAUUAAAACUUCGACCCUGAAAAUGUUUUUGCAGCGGCUUGACAUUUUGAGAUUGUCCUUGUUAACACAGCUCCUCUGUUUGUC